CGAUUUCUUACUAUUGUAACUCUCGUUAUUCCACCUCGUUCCAUUUGCGGAAAUAACUUGUUCGACCAGUGAUUGUGUUUUUAGUCGGCAUAUUCCAGGAUAACGUUCGAAUUUUACCCAUCCUAAUUGGAAACGAACUCUGUACGAAGGUUGGACAAACAAAAUCCCGUUAGUCACGAUUAAUUUGCCUAAAGCAUCAAAUAAAUUAAAAGUUAAUGAACGCGGGACGUUUUCAUAAAAGAACCCUGGAAACCACGCAAACGAGUAUGAAGACUUUUGCAGCCUUAUUUGCUGUCGUUCUCGUAACCCUACACCAUGUAAAUGCCUGGGGUGGACUUUUUAACAGGUUCUCUCCUGAAAUGUUGGCUAAUAUGGGAUAUGGUGGACAUGGAGGUGGAGGCAUUAUGAGAGAGAGAGACGAAACUAAUUUUCUAGACGAGUAUGUUAACGAAGGAGAAGAUCCCUGCUAUGGCAGAAUUUGCAAUUCUAACGAACAUUGUUGUCCUGGGUAUAUUUGUGUUGAUGUUGAUGGCGUCAUGGGAUCUUGUAUGAUUAUGUAUGGUCGACGUGUUGGCGAACUAUGCCGAAGGGACUCUGAUUGUGAAUCGGGACUCGUUUGUGCCGAAUCCGACUCGGGGCCUAACGCUAGGGUGUGCAGACCUCCAGUAUACCAGGACAAACAAUACUCUGAACCUUGCCAUAUGUCUACGGAAUGCGAUAUUUCCAGGGGAUUGUGCUGUCAGCUACAAAGGCGUCAUCGACAGGCGCCUCGAAAAGCUUGCUCGUAUUUCAAGGACCCUCUAGUCUGCAUAGGACCAGUAGCAACUGACCAAAUCAAAAACACGGUGGAACACACGGCCGGAGAGAAACGCAUCACAGGAUUAACCUACAAGAGGCCCAUGAUGCACUAAAUCAGUUCACUAUAAUAUGGUAUAAUUUUAGCUCUAAGCAAACUUAAAUCUUUAGGUUAAUAAAAAAUAAUCCUCUAAACAUAUCUAACGAGAUCAAUACAUAUAAAUGUUUUUCCUUCUCGGUGUUCAAAGUGAAUCAAGUGAACCAGGGAGAUCUGCUGGAAUAUUUCAGGUAUUAUCCAGAAAUACUUUAACAGAUUUCCUGAUGAUUAGUAAUUUUAAGAGAUUUAAGGCAGGUUAACACUAGAAACUUGUCUUAAAUCACCAACUUAACUGAUAGUUACAAAGUGUAUAUGUUUCAAAUCUUAUAUUAACACCUAUUAUACGAACCUAUUUAAUGGCUGAGGCAAUUAUACUAAUUAUACUAAGAUUUAUCCAGGCCUACUUAAUUGGCUUAACUUUUUAGGGUUAUAAAACAUAUCUUAUAGGUUAACUGUUCUACCCUGUGUUUCAAAGAAACUUAAUUUUAGUUAUUAUCACCCACUGUAACAGUAGUCCUUUUAGAAAGAUUUUUUUGUUUCACAGGGUAUAACUAGAUCUACUUAUUAACAAUAUUAUUCUUGAAAAAUACCGUCUUGCUGUGAUGUAAACUAUGCGCUUACGAAAGAACAAAAAAGAACAUUCCGCAUCAGUGCAACCCGGGCAGAAACCAGUGUGCUAGACAAGGACAAGGAGAUGAUUCACUUAACCUUGUCCUGCAGUUUAUUUUCUAUACAGAAUGAAAAAUAAGGGAGAUAUUCUGGAAUAGUUCUUUUUUUGUAGGGAAAUGACUGUAUUUUUGAAUAUGGGGCGCAUUUUUUAGGUGGAUAGAACGCCCCACUUUCCACGCGAAGGGGGGCGUUUAUAUUUAAAUACAUAUCAUACGAUACAUAUCAAAUUAAAGAAUAUUAUAAUAUUAUUAACUUUAGGGUUAGUUCCAGUCUAUUGAUGUUAUAUUAUUGUAAACAGUUAUAUAUAUAUAAUAAAUGUCUACAGCAAGUAAUGUCAUAA